GGGGUGGGAAGGCCCCGCGGCUGCGACCCAUCCUACAAAAGAGGAUUUUCUGGACUGAGAAACCUGCCGCGUGCUGUGGCCGGGGAUGGCUCUGCGGCCGCCAGGUGAGGCCGGAGCCCUGGACAAGGUGUGCUACCCGCCCGACAGGCUCCAGAGCAGCCCCCAACACCUGGCCGCCUACUACACGCCUUUCCCGCGCUAUGGCCCCUACGGGAGCACCCUAACCGCUGCGGAGGAGGGUUUCCAACCUUUCCGGCCGCUGGAGGCCCUGUCUGCGUCCCCGGCUGUGCCCCCCUUCGCCUUCCGGACCGCGCCUUCCUUGCUGAGCCCCGGCCUGGCCCUGCAGAGGGAGCCGCUCUACGACCUGCCCUGGUACAGCAAGCUGCCGACGUGGUACCCCAUUCCCCACCUGCCCGGCGAGGUGCCGCACUUCCUGAACAGCGGUCGCGAGUUUACGGGCGCCACCAGUGAAGACUUGGGCCACAUUGGCGGCCGUAGCGACAGUGGCCAGUGCUGGCGACCUGAAAGUUUAAUUCCGCCGCCCCCUGCGGAUGCUUCCCUGUUGCCUGAGAGGCCGAAGACCUCCCAGCUGUUAUCUUGCUCUCGCAGCGAGGGCUCUGAGGAUGGCCCCAAACUCGUGAACCAAGAGGGGAAGGCAUCUCACCGUUACCACUUCAGCCUGGAAGACCUGGACUUAGUUCUAUACGGGGUCAUUCCCAGCCCUCAGCCCUCAGCCCGCCUGCACCAUGCGAUUUCGGGCCUCCUGGUCCCCGCAGACAGCUCUGGGUCUGAUUCUCUUCCUCAGACUCUGGAUAGCGACUCCCUUCAGCUGCCAGAAGGUCUCUGCCUCCAGCAGACCAUGUUUGGUGAAGUCGCACAUUUCGGUGUGUUCUGCAGUAGUCUGAUUGCCAAAGGAGUCAGGUUUGGGCCCUUUCAGGGCAAAGUGGUCAACGCCAGCGAGGUCAAGACGUAUGGAGACAAUUCUCUGAUGUGGGAGAUCUUUGAAGAUGGUCAUUUGAGCCACUUUAUUGAUGGAAAAGGAGGUGCGGGGAACUGGAUGUCCUACGUCAACUGUGCCCGUUUCCCCACAGAGCAGAACCUAGUUGCAGUGCAGUGUCAAGGGCAGAUAUUUUACGAAAGCUGCAAGGAGAUCCACCAGAACCAAGAGCUCUUGGUGUGGUACGGAGACUGCUAUGAGAAGUUUCUGGACAUUCCUGUGAGCCUGCAGGUCAUAAAGCAGGGGAAGCAGGCGUCCGAGCCCUCUGAAGAGUCUACGGAAGGUUACAGAUGUGAGCGGUGCGGCAAAGUAUUUACCUACAAGUAUUACAGAGACAAGCACCUCAAGUAUACCCCGUGCGUGGACAAGGGUGACAGGAAAUUUCCCUGUUCCUUGUGCAAACGAUCCUUUGAGAAGAGAGACCGGCUCCGGAUCCACAUCCUUCAUGUUCAUGAGAAGCACCGGCCUCACAAGUGUUCUACGUGUGGGAAAUGUUUCUCUCAAUCUUCAAGCCUAAACAAACACAUAAGAGUCCAUUCUGGAGACAGACCCUACCACUGUGUGUACUGUACAAAGAAGUUUUCUGCCUCCAGUAUACUCCGCACACACAUCAGGCAGCACUCCGGGGAGAAGCCCUUCAAGUGCAAGUACUGUGGCAAAUCUUUCGCGUCCCACGCUGCCCACGACAGCCAUGUCCGACGCUCACACAGGGAGGAUGAUGGCUGCUUCUGUAGCAUCUGUGGGAAAACCUUCGCAGAUCAGGACACCUUCUACUCCCACAUGAGGUUUCAUGAAAACUACUAGCCCUCUGAGAGUUUGAGGACAAUGUCUUUGUAUUUCUGUCUUGAUAUUUCUUGUGUAUGGCUGUGUCUUGUGAAAAAAUGAUAGUUAUAUUGAGAUGAGAAACAGAAUGAUGGAACUGACCAAUUAGCAGAAUUUACCAGGUUUACUGACUGCGGUUUUAGCAGUGUUUGCAGAAAUGGUUUUCACAGUUUCUUAAAAGAAUGGACUUUUGGUGAAUUCAACUAGAAAUUGUGAAAACUGACUGCUAAUAGGGCUUCAAGGUCUGGAAACUCAACAUCAACCCUGAGAGGGACUGUAUUUCAUUUCAGGGACUAGGAGUAGAGUCUUUUGAUUACAUGAUGAAAAAAAAAGGAGGCUUUUUCUCUACUAUUUGCCUCGGGUCCCCGAUUAUAAUAUGCCUGUAGCCAUCCCCUGUUAUAUUUCUUGAUAGAAUAAAUUCUUUAAAAAUUCAUUCAAGCCUGAACUUUAGCAGUAUUGUAACUAAGUGUUCAGACAUGAAUUAAGCCCCCAUCUUUAUUUGGAUUCAUUUUUAAACCCCUAGUUUCUACCCCUCCCCCAUCAUAUGACAAAUACCUGUUAAUAGUUCG